UCGUAUGGAUCACUUGCGCCUCCUCGUUUUCCUCACCUCACCACUCUUCAUUACUUCGUCAUCACUCCGAGAUUAUUAUUAUUCCUUUAUUUUUUCAUUCUCCAUUAAAAUGACACGACUCAACGGUCCAUCUUCCAAGCCUAUGUGAUUUUGUGAAGUGACGAGGAUAACUAGAACGCAAAAUUAUCAUUGAACUCGGAGCAAAAAUAUAUCAUCAAAGUGGAGAUAAUGGAGUAAGAAUUGGAAAUAAUAAAAUAAAAUAAAAUCAUUUGGAUGAGAUAAAAGUGUCUCCUCCACGAAAUAGUUGACAACAAACUGGCAUGUACUGUUUGAGUGUGGCAUGCAGAUGCGGCGGCGGUGGUACUGGGGACAAUGACGUUGGUGCGAGAUGAGACUGGAAGUGGGAUACAACGGAAAAACGACAGGGAGAAGAAAACGAGGAAGCGGAGGAGGAAGAGGAGGGGGAGGAGAAAAGUGUGUGGGUGGUAGGGAGGAAGAAGCGCCACAGCCAUGUCAUGGGAGUCUGUCGCGUCCAAAGAUUAUCUCGGGGGCUCUGGAAGCCAUCAAUUGUCUGCUACCGCUCUUUUGGGAAGUCCGGACGGUUCAAGACAUCCACUCGACGUCUACGAAUUUGCCGAGGAGGAUUACCGCUGCCAAAAUGGCGAUGGUGCCGUCGCUCAGUAUCACAAUACUCGAUCUGGCAUUGGAAUUUGGGAGUGCCUCAUGGGAUGCCGACACAGGCUCGAUCAGCAGCUGGCGAGAAGAAAGGUGGAACAGGGCUUGAAGCUGUACCGCGCUCACAAACAGCAGGCAGCGGUGAGAAAAUGGCGAGGAGCCCUGAAAUCCAUAAGACAUCGCGAUGACAAGUUCACACUCCUCGGUUAUCUCUAUCAAGCCUAUAUGGACUGGGGAAAAUAUAGAGACAGUAUAGAUUACGCCCACAGACAAUUGUGUAUCUCCGAGGAGCUGGACUCACCGAAUAUGAGAGCAGAGGCAUAUUUGAAUUUGGCUAGGGCGCACGAGAGGCUUGGGGCCCUUGAUAGGGCACUUGCAUAUGCAAGGCACAGUCUUUAUAACGAGUGCGAUCAGUGUGCCACUGCCGGAUUGGUGCAUUUGACUGUGGGUCGGGUUCACUUGGAGCUAGCUGGAUUCUGCAAAGCGCUGGAAGCUUUUCAGAGAGCUCACAAAAUUGCUCAUUCAAUUCAUGAUCCUUCAUUGGAACUGCAGGUCUACGUUGGUCUAUCUGAGUUGUUUUGCCGCCUUCAAGAUGCUGAUAAGAGUGCAAGAUACGCAGCGAAAGCCUAUGAUUUAUCUCGGAGUUUGCAGCUCGGUGAUUUGAACUCCAGGCAUCAUCGAGCUGCCCUACUGCAAAUGGCAACUGCUCUCAGGAAAAAAGGAGAACUUGGCGAUGCUCACGAUUACUGCUCGGAAGCCACUAGAUUAUCUUUAGUUUCUGGUGAUCAGGCGAGCUAUGCCAGGAGUAUCCGGAUAAUGGGUGACAUUUACAGAAAAAAAUCUGAUAUUAAUAAAGCAUUUCGUCAGUACGAGAGCGCGAUGGGCUCAGCGGCAGCGACAGGAGACCGAUUGUGCCAAAUGGAAGCAAUGGAUGGAGCUGCUAGAUGCCUAGAAGCUCUUAGACUCCAGCACAAGAUAUGUAACUGCAGGCCGUUGGAGUUUAACACACGACUUCUCGAAGUUGCGAGUUCUGUUGGGGCCAAACUUUUAGUGAGAACGGUGAGGUGCCGACUAUCACGAAUCUACAGUUCUUUGGGGGAUGAGGAACAAAAAGGUCAUCACGAGAGAAUCGCUGCUGCUACUGAAGAGGACUUGGAACUUCGAUGCGGUGGUUGUAAUGAGCCUUUUGGCUUAGAGGCUGACUCCCUUGAGGCAUUGCCUUGCUCACAUAUACUUCAUGCCAGAUGUGCUAACGACAUAUUGAAAAGACGCGACAAGAAGAAGAAACGUCUGUGCCCAGAUUGCCAUAAAUCGGUGAGCUCUCGACUGUAUUUACACUGCGAGGAGUCCCACGACUUGAAUCAGAGUUCCUUGAGCUUGGCCUCGUUGCGUGCUAGUAGUCUAGCAACCCUGGACGAUUGUCACGCCACGAGCAGUGUUUGAAUAAAAUGCAAGGUACAAAACAAACAGCGAUACCAUACGAUUUAAUGCAAUUAAUUGACUAAACUAUCAACCACCGCGACGGACUCUAAUCAAUUGUUACUACACGUGAUAUAAUCAUUAGGCUCAGUUAAUGAAUAACAAUGUAUCAAUUAGCGAGAAUAUUGACGAGUAUUUUCGCAUGAUAAACAAUGUUGUUAUCGAAAUAUCGCACAUAGAAUUUUUUUUUCCCGAUCAAUGCUGAUCAGUUUUAGAGCUUACUACCUAAACAAAAAGGAAUUCAACGAAUAAUAACUCGUGAGAUUUAUCAUCUUGAUCAGAUAUAUUUUCGUAUAUCUGCAUGCACUAGCAAUUUUACUCAUCUCAGAGGAGUCUCUCGAGUCGAAUAGAAUCUCUGGCGUCACACUGACUAAACGAUGAAAUUGUCUACUUGAGAGAUAACAAAUUUUAACCAUUGUUGAUGGUAUAUUGAUAAUUGUUGAAGAAUUAUAGAUUAUCGUAGAACUAAGAGAGCAAAUGCAAACUUGCACUUCCUAGAUUCGAGAGCUAUCUUUCCAUUACGUUUGGAGUUUUCACUUAUAUUUUUAUCUAGUCAAUGAAUAGUUGUAAAGGUGCUACUAUGCAAUACCAGGAAUAAUGGAGUUGACCCAUUUUAUGAGUUAGUAAGAUAUUUUUUAGAACAACUAUUUGUCGUGCACAAUGUGAAGAACCAUCAUUUUUUAAUAUUUUUAUUAUGAUAUCCUGCUUUUAAUAUUGUCAUUCAUCUUUAUACGUGCCAAAAAAUACUUCAAGUUGAAUAUGAAAAUAACAAUUAACUGAAUCAAUUAAGUAUGAAAAACCUGCCAUAAUAUUGAUAUUAGUUAGUAUGAGGUAAAUUCUUAGAAAUCAGUAUUUAAGUUUUUCUGAAAUCAAACUACUUGAUUCUAUGUAAUUAUCAAGUGUAAUUAUCAAGGGCAAGUAAUUUUUUAGUUUUGUGUAGUCGCACACUCACUGCCAUUAUUCAUUUACCGGGAGGACAACAAUUACCUUAAAUUUCUUCUCAACUGCAUACAAUCACUUCAUGAUGAAUUAAUUAGUUUUGAAUCAUUUUUCAAAAUUUUAUUACAAGGCAACCGAUUUUCUUCAAACAUAAUAGGGACAUUAAUUUAUCAGUUGCUACUUAUCAUUGCACAACCCAUUAUACUGAUGUUCUCCCAAAAUUCAAUUAGUUCCAGACCGAUAAAACAAAUUAAAAAAUGAACUGUUGCAUUUUUUAAUUACUAUUUAAGAUGGUAGAAAUGCCAGUGACAUAAUGAAUGAUGAGAUUAGUUUAAAGCUCGCAUGGAGCUGUGGCCACCCCCACCACCCCGACCCACGCUAAUGGUUGUGACCUAGAUUUCGCUCGUUUUAACCCUUCAUCACAUGCUCAAUGAGCGCCGCACCGAGCCGCCGCUUUACUUUUCUCUCUUUUUUUUUUCUUUCUUUUUUUUUUUUUCUUCAAUUAUACAAAACUUUAAGCAGUAAGAAAAUAGAAAAUAUUUCUUCGCUUCGUUUGUAUAUUCUGGAAUGAGAAAAUUAUUGCGAACGCAAGCGAAAAAGGAAACACACACCCAUGUAUCACGGUCGGCCAUAUUUAGGUCAUGGUCAUUCGCGGAGGAUGGGGUAAACGGGGUGCUCACAGCUUCAUUCGAGCCUUAAAUGUAGGCGCAACAAUUAGGAAUUGUGCACGAAUAAACUAACAAUUCAAAACGAAAACGAAGGCAUUACUUAACGUUGAAUUAGAUGAAUUUUAUUACAUUCGCAUUCUUAAUCGCGCAAUUGAUAAAAAGAUACAAAAAAUAUUGAAGAAAAUUGUUUUCUGUGGAAAUUAACGCACAAUCAGACAAUGUCUGUAGACAUGCACAUUGCGCACUUGUAUAAAACUGGUAUAUGCUCAUGAACCGGCAGAGACAAUUCAAGUGAAGAAUUCUAUUGUAAGACGCCCAAUGUGUAAGUUCUUCACGAUUUCCAAUUAGGAUAUCAUUAAGACAAACAGAAGAUUGAAAAGAGAAUAUAAAUAGAAAACACGGAGAAAAAAAUGUUAGAAGAAUAUCAUGAAAAUGGCGUUGAUGGGAUGUAGAAAAGAAUAGCAUAAGUAAGCCAAGAGUGCGAUAAUUUUCAAUUUUCCCAGGGUAAUCAUAGAACUUCAAUUUCCUAUUUUCGGAACCAAAAUUCGAUUUUUCCGUUUCCCUUCAGGUUAAAGCGCAGCGGAGAUUCAAUAUAAAAAUUAACACUGAGUAACAACAGUAAAAAGUUACAGAGAAACGAUAUAAUCAUCUCAUAGUAACAUGGAAUAUUUAUUCUUCCCAACAGACUAUUUGUGCAAAACAAAAAACCUAAACAUCACCAUGCAGUAGGGUAAAAAUGACGUUGCAACUAUGAAAUAAAAAAAUAUAUAUAUUUUGAAUAAUCAUCCCUCGCUUCAGAAUUACGUGAAAUGUGAUGUAAUUUUUCCCCGAUUUUUUUCUCCGUGAGAAAUAAUGACAUCCAAUGGACCGAGUACCUCAGAUAAGAAUAAAUGUUAUUGAAAAAAGAAAACAACAAAAUAUAAAAUAAUAAACACCAAACUGUUUGAUGAUUCCUUGAGUUAGUCCAAUAUUUAUAAUCCUAUUGCAUUCGGCGAAUAUUUUCUCGUUUAGAAUGAUUGAAAACUCUUUUGUAAAUGGUCAGUUAAAUAAUAUUGUUUCAUUAAAAAAUUACCAAUGCAAUUAUAUUGAAGGUGUUGAUAUGAAGAAAUUGUUAACGAACUCUCGUAGGUGUUAUCAGAAUUUCAAAGUAU